CCACAAGAACUGUCUUAGCACUAGUGACAACUCUGCAACCAAUCCAUAAACAAAAAAAUUUUGUGUAAACUAAAAACAAAAGCGGAAGUUGAAAAGCUAAUUUUUAUCAUAUAAUUUGGCCUCUUAUGAUUUGUUAAGUUUCUGUUUUGGAGUAUGGGAUGCUGAGAGAUCCUUGAACAGGUACUUCAUAAAUUGUUCGACCCCACAAAACCAACGACGCAUUUAAUCAAUGUUCUCCAACGGAUUGCCGUGCAAUCUGUCGUUUCCGAGCUGUCUUAGUGUUCCAAAAGACGAGAUCGGUAAUGAAGAGCUCCUGCCAUCCAAUAUGGGGACUCGCGAGCCGGUUAUACUCAAUGUCUAUGAUAUGUACUGGAUCAACGAGUACACCACCUCAAUUGGCCUGGGCGUUUUUCACUCCGGCGUAGAAGCGUUCGGCACCGAAUUCGCCUACGGCGGACAUCCCUUUCCCUUUACAGGGGUCUUCGAGAUUUCACCGCGGGAUCACGACGAGCUGGGCGAUCAGUUUCAGUUCCGACAGAGCAUUCAAAUCGGCUGCACCGACUUUACGUACGAGGAGGUGCGACGGAUCGUCGAGGAGCUGGGUAAUCAGUUCCGGGGCGACCGAUACCAUCUCAUGAACAACAACUGCAACCACUUCUCGGGCUCAUUAACUCAGAUACUUUGCGGCCAAGAAAUACCCAGUUGGGUCAAUCGUUUAGCGCAUUUCAGCUCCUGUGUGCCAUUUCUACAAAGAUGUUUGCCAAAAGAAUGGCUGACACCGAACGCCUUGCAGCAGAGCAUUACCACAAUCCAAGAGCGCGAAGACUCCGAUACCAGUCCUCUUUGAGACGUUACCUGACCGAGAAUAUGUCACUUGGCGACACUCAAGCGAUCAUAGUUCACACCCAACUGCAGUCCUAAGACCAACAUUGUUAAGUUACACAGAGCGAAAUGCCGAGUUACUCACGUCACAUCAAUUUCCAAGCCAACAACGCCCCAAACAAAAAGCAACAACUAUUAUUAAUAGACUUAAAUUAGGCGAUAUACAUACUUACAUAGAACAUACCUACAUAGAAACAUACUUAUACAUACAUACGAAGUGACUAAAUUAUUGGCUAUUGUAAUUUGUAUUUGUAAUAUGACUAUUCAGAAUUAAGAUAUUAUUAAGUGGCCGGUAAAUUUAAGUAGCAGGCGCCGUUCAGCAGCAGUGUCAUUUAUAGAAUUUUAAAUUAAAUAUGAAGACAUCGAGAAAUCAUCAUUAGACACUUGCUAAAUUGUACUAACAAUACCGCAGACAUAUUGGUGAACGAUAUCAAAAUGUUGCCCAAUUUACUUGUUUACUUUUGUCAGCGGUGGGAAUUUUUUUUUUGAAUUCCCACCAACAAUCUGAGCUCGAUUAUUGAGAUGAUUUCCUGGUUGAUUUUGUUUACACCAUUUUACAGAGUUCAUAAGCCGCAUGUCUAUCAAAACACCAAAAUGAUCUGUUAUCGAUAAAUAUAUGUACUUGACAUUCUGAUAUUUACACAUGCAUAAAUACUAUUAUUAAACAUUUUUAAAGAAAAAUAUAUUUUGAUCGAAAACA